GAGGUGGGAGGAGUGUCAGUGUCACAGCUGACAGAUGAGGUCAGUGUAGGAAAAGGAAGAAGGAUGCACUUGUGUGACCUGUGAAGUGGGCACGGGAAAUCUGAACCCUCAUCUGGGACCAAGUCAGACCAGAGCGAGAGCACGCAGAUUGGGAAGGUGCUCCUCAGACCUGCGUCUGGACAGCUUGAAGGCAACACAGAGAGGAUUUUUCCCUCUUCUCCUACCGUCUCCCUCACUUUGACCACCUCUGGUACAGAGCACAUGGAUGAACUUUUUUGCUUUUUGCUGCUGGCAGAAAAAUAAAAGUUGAAAAGACAAUUUGCAGUUGAAAAUAACCAGAUUCCUUUUUGGUUGUUUUUUUUUUCUCCCCAUCUGCACUUGUGAGCAGCUCUGGACCAAUUUAGGGUGCCAGCUCUUUGCCUUGGAGGACACCACUCCUUUUUUUGGCUGCAUGUUCAUUAAACCUCUGAUGCCAUCACAUCCCAUGGGAGACACGCGUGGCUGAAGCCAGGAGGGAGGUAGAAGAGAGACCCCCCUGAAGCUCACCCUUACCCACUGCAUCCCUCUGCCCUUUAAACUAUCUGAGGAGAAAAAGUUCUUUGUGUUUGACACCUGAAGCCUGGGAAGCUGGCGACCAUGCUGUUGACUUCUGCUUUUGUUCUACUGAUGCUGGGAGGGCGUGCUCUCGCUGGAGGAUAUCCCCCCAUACCACACAUGAAGUACAUGCAACCCAUGAUGAAAGGGCCUAUUGGACCCCCGUUUCGAGAGGGCAAGGGUCAUUAUGUUGAUAUGCCACCCAUGAUGGAAGUAAAGGGGGAACCAGGCCCCCAAGGAAAACCUGGACCAAGAGGCCCUCCUGGUCCACCAGGAUCUCAAGGGAAACCUGGAAUUGGAAAGCCAGGUCUCAAUGGCCAGACAGGCCCCCAGGGGCCUCCAGGUUUUCAAGGUAUUGGUAAGCCUGGACUUCCAGGUCUUCCAGGAAAAAUUGGGCCAAAGGGGAUGCCAGGGCUUACUGGUGAGGUUGGUCCUCGAGGAGAACCAGGCCCUAGAGGUCCUUCAGGACAGCCUGGCCUUCCUGGCCCAGCUGGCCUUUCUCUGAAUGGAAAACCUGGACUACCAGGCAUCAGAGGCCCUGCUGGGACUCGGGGAGAACCAGGAAUAAAAGGUGCUCCUGGCCCAGCAGGUGAGCAUGGGGCUAAAGGCGAAAAUGGAAAUGGUAAGCCCGGGCUACCUGGUAUAAGAGGUCCUCCUGGGCUGAAAGGCAGUAGUGGACCAACUGGUCUUCCAGGCAUAGGAAAACCAGGUCCAAAAGGUUUGCCUGGACUGCCUGGUCUUAAAGGUGAUUACGGACUGCCAGGAGAUCGUGGGGAACCUGGAGAGGUUGGAGCCCCAGGUCAACAAGGUCUUCCAGGACCAGUUGGGGUAGGGAAACCUGGACUAGAUGGACUGCCAGGAGUACCAGGUCUAUUAGGACAAAAAGGUGAGUCAGGAGCAAGGGGUCCUCCUGGAUUUCCUGGGGCCCCUGGUUAUGGAAAACCUGGUCUGAAUGGGCCAAAGGGAGACAAGGGCCAUGCUGGGUUGCCUGGUCUGCCAGGAGACAAAGGAGAACAAGGAAUGGGGGGCCCAACUGGGGAUUCAGGUCUUGAUGGAGUGCCAGGACCACCAGGACUUCAAGGUCCAAUGGGACUGCCAGGAAAACAUGGGAUGCCAGGACUGAAGGGAGAGAUUGGGCCACAGGGCCCUCCGGGACUGCCUGGCCUCAGAGGUGACCAAGGCAUCAGUGGACCCCCUGGUAAACCUGGUAUUGGUGGGGAAAAAGGAUUUCCUGGGCUGAAUGGUCCAAGUGGAAAACCUGGACCAAAAGGUGAAGCAGGGCAUAUUGGCCUACCUGGAAAUCCAGGGCUGAUGGGGGGAUCGGGGCCUAAAGGUGAAGCAGGGUUUAUUGGGCCUCCAGGUCCCAGAGGCCAGUCAGGCAUUCCUGGUCUUCAGGGGCCCAUGGGUCCCAUGGGGCCACAGGGUGCUCCUGGACCAAAGGGUGACUCUGGACUUCCAGGGCCUCCAGGAAUGGGGAAGUUUGGAGAGAGGGGAGCUAUAGGUCCCCAAGGUCCACCAGGGAAGCCAGGCCCUGGUGGGCUUAAUGGGACCCCUGGCCCCCCUGGACCUCCUGGACCCCCUGGUCCUCCAGGAAACGGCCAGACAGUUGUUGCAGGACCAACAGGUUCAGACUUGGAAGGGGAUGAAAUACCAAGGGACAGAAAAGGGUCAGCAUUCAGUCAGGUCCCACUCUCCGCUUCUGUAGCACCAGCCUUCACAGCCAUCCUUACAACACCAUUCCCUCCCUCUGGCAUGCCAAUCAAAUUUGACAGGACCCUUUAUAAUGGGCAAAAUGCAUACAGCCCAGCUACUGGCAUGUUUACUGCGCCUUUAUCUGGUGUUUACUACUUUGCGUACCACAUGCAUGUAAAGGGAACUAGCCUGUGGGUGGCACUAUACAAGAACAAUGUACCAGCCACUUACACAUAUGAUGAAUACAAGAAAGGCUACAUGGACCAAGCAUCUGGUAGUGCUGUCUUAGACCUGAAGGAGGGUGAUCAGGUAUGGGUCCAAAUGCCCUCGGAUCAGGCAAAUGGCCUCUAUUCUACCGAGUACAUCCACUCCUCCUUUUCAGGUUUUCUGCUUUGUCCCACAUAACCUUGUCUUUUCUUUUCAAAUAUGUUCCUAUAUUGGCACCUCAGAGCAGCCCUAAACCUCCAACACCUGCAGCCAUAAUAGAAACAAAACCCAUACUAUUCUUUUAAUAUUUCAAUGUCAACUACAGUGAAAGAGAAAAAAAACUUUGUGAAUGAAGUGGAAAGUUUUUUUUUAAAAAAAGCACAGGGUGGAAUUUCAUACUGUGUUCUCUGUUUUAGUGUCCUUCAAAAUGUGUGUUUUGGGUUGUAUUUUUUGUCUGUGUGUUGUUGUUUUUUUGCCAAUAUUAUUUUAAUUAUUAUACUGUCAUAAUUUUAUUGCUAUUUGGUCCUUGUCCUUAUUUGUCAUUGUUUAUUGGAUUCAGACGAUUAAGUGCCUUACAUUGUCAUUUGCGAGUAAGAGGCCUUCCCAUGUGACUGCACAUCCUGCCCAAAUGCUCUGACAUCAUAAGGAUGACAUCACCAAACCCUGGGAGGUGAUUGGUUCCUCUGGCUGCAGUUACUUUCCCCUUGUCCUUUUAUUUAAAACAAUAAUACUGACAUAAACAGCAUCAAUACAGCAUAUAAAGUACAGAUGAACAAUAGAAGAAUGGCAUUAGUUCUGUAAUACCAAUUAUUUUUCUUUUUAUAUUUUCUUUGAUAACUUUUAAUAGGAUUCUUUGUUUUAGCGUGAGACUUAUACUGUAUACAUAUUGACAUUUAGUUGGCAUAAGCAUCAGUUGGGUGCUUAUUUGUCUGCAUUGAAUUUAGUAGCUGAUCAUAUAAUGACGGGUCUUUGUCUCUCUUAUAAUUUACCGAACUAGAAAUGUAAUCGGCAAGAAUUACAAACCAAAAGGAUGACAAAUAAAGUAGAUCCACCUCUUCUAUUCAAUGCAAGUCUUUGUGACUUGUUGCUGGGCAAAUGCAAGCAAUUCUGAACCAUUUGUUGUCCUAAAUAGAAAAAUACUUUCUAUUCAUUCCAUGAUGUUGGAAAUAGCUGGAUUGUUAUUUAGCUUAACGGGCCAUCUGUGGCUGCAAGGACAGGAUGUUUCAGAAAUGAAUAAUGUCAAAGUACACAGCUGAAAAUGAGAUUCAGUCUGCAUUUACUCUAUAAAUAAAGGGACUUGACUGAAGCCCACAGGUUGUGAAAUACAGGUUAUGUAACAUGUAACAAAUCCCUGCCAGAUUUCUAGUGGAGGUGGUAGGCCAGAGGUGAGAGCUAUGUAUUUACUCAUUUCUGUUUGAAAGUCAUUAACAAUACAUGCUGUAUGUGUGUGUGUGUUUGUUUGUGUUCUGGUAGGUUUACCUUUCUUUCUGUCACUGUGUAAAUAUGUGUGUGCGUGUGUGUGUGUGUAGUGGUGUCACAUUAUGCCCUUGGCAUUCAGGUCAUGAACACUUCAGCAAAGAUAAUAAUAAACUUGAAUGAAGUGACAAAAUGUUAGGAAGUGCUUACAGCCCUGUUAAUGUUCCACAAGAAACCCUAACUUUUUAAAUGUUUUAGAUUCCUUUUGGGGUUUUAAGACAAUUCCACACACUCAUACGGUGCCUUGCAAAAUAAGGGAACAGGUAAUGAAUGUAAUGAUAGAUUAUGGCAGACAGACGAAAAACUGGACUUAAAUUGAUAUAAUGAGAGGAGACGAUAGCAUUUCUGGAUAACACUGAAUAGGCAUAUUGCUCCUAUGAGAGGCAUAAUGGUGUGCAAUAAUUCUGUGUUGUACAAAGUCGUGAAGAAAAACAGGCAAUUAGGGAUGUGUGCCAGAUCUUUAUUUAAAAGUCACAGUUAAAUAAGACAGGAGAUAAAGAGAGGGGGGAACAUUGCUGUGAUGAAAAGCCAGUGCUUUAUUAUGAUGCCAAAUCUGUGCCUUCACCUGCUCAGCUCAGAUAUGAAUCCAGUCAACUUGUGCCACCCAAACACGACCAUUACACAAAAUUAUGACUACCUUACACCCCCAAUGGAGGAAUGUCAAUAUACAGGAGGAGUGUGCCAACAUGAGCUUUGCAAUCAGAGAAUAUCUACUGUUUGAUUUUCAGUAGUUUCCCCAAACCAUGCUGUGUCACUAUACAUAAAUCAGUUGUAGGAGGCCAAAUCAGUAUUUUAUCUAUGUGAAAUGCAAACUUUUAUUGUUAUGUAGGUCUACAAGACAGUCCAAGGCUCGUUAUGUACUGUAUUUUGCCUUUUUUUUUUGUCACCUUCUUUUUAUGAACUUUUGACAUUGUGAUGUGAGUUACGUGUGGCUUACACUCGCUGUCCUUUUGUUUUCAUAGACAAUGUCACUUGCUUGCGGAGUUUGCCCAGUGUGCAAACUAUUUAGCAAGUGAAGUGUCAGUAAGAUUUAUGUACCGUCUCAAUCACAGAAUUGCUUUUAUGUUGUUGUUGUUUUUCUUUUCUUUAAAAAAAAUUAACAAACAAAAAAAGAUAUUAAAAACAGCCUUGCUUCGGUUCUUAAGGGAUAUUUGUCUGUUUCAGUUUCAAGUAAUACAAACGGUCAUUCCCAUUUGCACAUGAAAUUAAUGAAGAUGUAUUUAUACAUUUAUGAUAAUUUAAUAGGGAUGCCAAAACCGACCACCGAAGCCGAGUAACGCAUAAAUGGUAUUUAACAGCAUCGAUGAGUUAAGAGCAUUUACUUUUUUGUAGUUAGCAUUCUAGUGUUGUUUGUGAAGGAUUAUUUGUGGACUUUAUUUUCUAUUUGUGUAAUGUACAAUGUAUCACCGUAUAGAAUUUUUGUCAUACAAGGCUAUUGCGUGCACUCUAUUUAAUUGAAAAUGUUUGUCUGCUUACACAAAAUCUACAGUACUUGAUUGUAUUGAUAUCACAUCAAUAAAACCUUUUCUUGUA